AUCACUUCCACCUCCCCUCAUCCUCCUUGACUUAUUCCAUUCCAAUUAAUAGGCUACUUAUAUACAAACAUUGACAUCCUUGAUCUUGGUCAUCCGACAAUCUUGUUGAAUACGAUUUUUCUACCAUUCUUUAUCAGAUCAACAGACUUUUGUUUCUAAUGAUAAAGUACUUUCCUUCUAACAGUCACAGAUAGUUGGCCUAGGUGAUCUCUAAAACGCUUCUACGAAUACCUGAUCGCAUCAUGUCCGAGAGGCCUUUCCGUGGGCGCUCUCGAAUUCGUUCGCCACUGUUGGAAAUCGAACCAAGCACCCUGUUAAGACGCUCCGUAUCCCCUCGCUCGGGUUCAAGACUCAAUAGUACCUCACGAAGUCGGUCUUUUGAGCGUGAUUCUACCCGUCAUAGUGCGUGCCACUCUAGGAGCCAGUCUCACACUGAGUCCCGACCUCAGGUGCCAUCUCGCAGUCGGAGCCGAAGUGAAACUUCUGGACGGUACAGAAAAAGAGAGAACAGCCGCACCCCAAGCCCGUCGACCAACCACCCAAGAAGCUCAAAGGUAAUUAUUGAAAAGUUGACCAAAAACGUCAACGAAUCACACCUUCGCGAAGUGUUUGGCGGUUUUGGGGAUAUAAAAAGCCUUGACAUCCCCAUGAAUAAAGCUUUCAUGACAAAUAGAGGCUGUGCAUAUAUACUCUACCACGACCCCGCAGAUGCAGAAGCGGCUAUUGCGCACAUGCACGAAGCCCAAUUCGACGGUGCCAUUCUAAAUGUGUCUAUUGUCCUUCCAAGGCGAGCAUUUUCGCGAUCACCCCCGCCAUCCCAAAAUGGUAGAGGAAGCUUCAGUCGUCAAGAUCAUGGUCGCGGACCCCCAUCGGACGGCUUUACUUCCCGCGCCUCUCCAUUUCCACACAGAUCGACGACAUCUAUAGGAAGGUUCCGCCGUUCCCGACAUAUAGAAAAACCUGACAUCUAUCGGCCACUUUCCUUGUCCCAUUCAAGAUCCCCACGUCCUUCUCGAUCACUCUCCUCCAAAUCAUUGUCCAUAUCACCACCAAGACGGAAGGCACAAUCGCGCACGAAUAGUUUUCAUCACCGUCGACGCCGCAGUCCAAGCUACAGUAGCUAUGGCUAUAGCAGUCGAAGUGGGAGAAGCCGGAGUUUAAGCCCAGGUAGAGAUCGCCAUCGUCAUGAAUCUCGUUAAGACCGCGCUACUUAUCACUGCAUGAAAAAAGGUGGUUUUGGUCAUAGGCCAAAAAGGUAACAUCACCUUAGUAUCUUUCAUGCGUCGAACAUCCCGAGGCUAAAAUAGGUAACGAUAAAUUCGAAAUACCAAACCCGGGCGCAGGCGUUGAAGAUACGGAGUAGCUCGGACCGAAGAUAAGGCAUGUAAUAAAUAAUACAUCGUUCUCAUGAUUAGUUGACAAACUCUCAUUCCCGGGCGGCAAUCCAAAUUAGGUGAGAAUCAUUCAGAUGAAUGGCAUGCAAAAAGGGGAUACAUCAACUUAGAAAAAAGCGCACCACCCGAUGUACAUAGCGGCUAGGUUUUUUUUAUCGCUUGCUCGUACAAUCAAUUCGUCUACAUGACCGUCCACUGAAAGGGGAACAGAUUCGCUGGGCAGAAGACCGCGAAGUUUGUUCCGGACAUUCUCUAAAACGCC